CCGGGAUUCCAGCUGCUGCGAGCGGACAGGACGAGAGAGAGCGGACAAGAUGGGCAAAGAAAUGCGGAAAAAACACAGAUGUCAGCAAUGUGAGAAGGCUUUCCACAACCUGAAGCAACUCAGGAGACAUCAGAGAUGUCACACUGAAGAAAGACUGUACAGCUGUGAUCAGUGUGAGAAAACAUACAAAACAGUACGCACACUAAAUGUUCAUAAGAAAACGCACAGUGGAGAGAAACCACAUAUGUGUGAGGUGUGCGGCAGUGAAUUUAUCUCAUUGGCAAAGUUCUCAACUCACAUUCAACGGUAUCACACCGGAGAGAGACCGCACCAUUGUCAGCAAUGUGACAAAGUGUUUGUGACCCGAGGCGAACUAAAGAUUCAUCAGAUGGUUCACACAGGAGAAAAGCCCUACAGCUGCGGUGAGUGUGGGAAAAGUUUUUCAUGGCUUUCCAAUCUUCUCCGUCACCAGCGCAUCCACACUGGGGUGAAACGGUUCACCUGUGAGGAGUGUGGAAAAAGUUUCACUAGAUUAGAUAAUUUAAAGGCGCACAAGAACAUCCACACAAAAGAAAUGUUUUUCUCCUGUGAGCAGUGCGGUAAAGCUUUCUAUUCAUCAUCUAACCUUAGGACUCAUGUUGUUAUGCACACUGGAGAGAAAUCGCACAGAUGUGACCAGUGUGGGAAAACAUUCACCACGCCGCAACAGCUGAGAAUCCACACACGUAUUCACACUGGAGAAAAACCACACAAGUGCAGACACUGCGACAAGACUUUUAGUUCACAGGCUUCCCGCACAGUACAUGAACGCAUCCACACUGGAACAAGACCGUACAGCUGUGAGGAGUGUGGGAAGCGUUUCACUUACUUCGGUGCUUUAAAGGUGCACAGGAACCACCACACAAAAGAAAUGCUUUUUUCCUGCGAGCAGUGCGGGAAGGUCUUCACUUCUCGUAGCGCAUUUUAUUAUCAUAAAAGGAUCCACCGAAAGAAACAGCAAUAAUGUGCACUUUGUGGAAAAAGAUUUGAAGGAGUACAAAUUCACUGCUGCACUCUCACUGAAGAUACAAUCUGAAAGUGUACUUUUCUUUGAAACAUGGAUACGAGUUGUUUUAGGCACAUUGUUCAGGCCUAUAUCAUUAUUGUGUUUCUGUUGCAUUAACCUCCUAAGACCCGAACUCUUCCACGACAUGCAUUUUUAAUUUCUCUUUGAUAUUUGGGCAUAUUGGGGCCCAAUGAAUGUAAAAACAAAGAAUUUCCAGAUUUUUUUUUUUUUUUACC